CAGAGACGCCAUUUAUGAGGGAAUCCUAUACUUCUUAUAUGUUUUAUGACAUGUUUACAGCGCGUAAAUGUGAAAUGAUCUGUCUCAUUCAAAAGAGGUUUAUCCGUACAUAGUCCGUUAAAAAAUUAAGUAUCCACUAGAGAAAUGAAUAUAGAAAGCAAAAUAAAAAAAUGGAUAGAAUCAGUUCAGAAAGAGCAAUUAGAAAGCGUAAUAGAAGACAUCCAGGAAAUUGUUUCUACCAAUAUAAGUGGAAGAGCAAAUAAAUAUAUUUUUAAACUUUUAUUAUAUCUGUCUCACACCGCAGACAAAUGUGAUAAAGAUAAUAAAGAUAUAGGAAAAGAAAUUUAUAGAUUAACUUGUUUAUUGUGUUCAGUUCUGAUUGAGGUACCGGAUAGUAAUAAGUAUGUCUCUAGCUUAUAUCACAUAAUUCGUUGUUUAUUAGAAAUGUAUAUGUUUAAAGAAGCAUUUAAAAUAUGUGUCUAUUUAAAAGAAGAACAUUAUGCCCGUGACACUGUGAAUGAUGUGUUAAUAAAAAUAUCUCAUCUAUGGUAUGAUGCAGUUCGUUGUGUACUUGAUUGUCUGCAAGAUGAACCAUCAUACUUUGAAAAUUACCAUGUAUUAAAAAACAUUAUAAGAUAUGAAUUAGAAAUGAUACAAAUAGCGCACAAAAAUUUUACAAAGUAUUUGCUUAUGAAGAUAAGUUCAUAUUUGAAUGAAAUUUUAUCUAUUAAACAGGAGCCAAAUAUAUAUUUUACUGAUUUUUAUACAUUUGUUGUUGAAUAUAUAAGCGAGACAGAGCUAGUCUUAAAUAUGGAUGAAAAAUAUGUUAUAUCUCGUCAUGUGUUUCAUAUAACAAGUAAAAUUAUAUGUGAAAAUAUUAAUGAAAAAUGCCUGAAUUCUGCAACAAAUAUUGUUAAUACUAUCAGCAAACAUUUUAAAACAAUGCUAUUGAAAGAUGAAGAAUGUUAUCAGUGUUUCUUGUUACUUGAGUCUAUAUGCCUUAUACUUCUAAAACCAGUCGAAUAUUUAGAAGAAUGUACCGUUAAAAACAUCCAAAACUUUUGUGAUAAUUAUUUAGAGAUUGUUAAGAAAUUUGGGUACAUAGGAUCUCUUAAAUGGGCCACAUUCAGUAUUAUUCAGAUAUUAGAAUCACUGUUUAUGUAUUGGGAGAUAUGUGUAAAAACAGAGAAGAAAAUAUUUCUAAAGAAUGAUAUAUUACUGCAAGUAAUGAAUAUGGUUUCACACAUAAGCAUAUGUUUUAUUAAACAGAUAUCAGAUAAGUGCAAGAGUUGUCAAAAUGAAAAUUGUACAAUCAAAAGGGACAUGUACAAUGCCGUAGUAACGAAGAUAAGAUGUGUCAACUUAAUUAGUAAAUUCUCUGCAGAUGAUUUGUCAAAGGAUAUUUGUGUACUUGCUCAAAAAUUUUUAGAACAAAAUGUAGCAGACAUUUAUGAAAUGAAGAAGAACGAAUGCAAAUGUUGGACACAGUUAUGGAGCACUUGUAGUGCUAUGAUUUAUAAUUUAUGCAUAAAGUUCGACCGCUUUUACGAAGAAAGUGUAUCAUUAUGUUCAUUACUAUGUACUUCCAUUAUACAAUUCGAAGACAUACAAUCAAAGUCUCGGUAUAUUAAUCUUAAAAACCCUUUAUGCUCUGCAUUACACAGACUAAGUUCUAUACAUUAUAAUCAGGGUAUGUACAGAGAAGCAAUGACUGCAACAGCAUUGAAUGCUUUAUUAAGUUACAACGAUACAGAUUCAAAAGCAUUUCGAAUGUGGGCAAACAUAAAACAUAAAUCUAUAACUUCCAAGGAAGUUGUAGAAAUGACCAUUGUAACGUGCUUAAAGGAAGAUAAAGGAAGGAUAAAAGAGCUAGGAUUAUCUGAUGAAUUAUCAAAAUACGACCUUAUUGAAGUAUGUUUGAGAGAAGUAGCAGAUUUACAAGAAGCAAGAGUCAAUCUUUCUGAUGCUAUACACAAAGUUCUAAAUGAAAUGAAAGCAUUGAAAGCAACUCCAAUCCAGUAUGCUCGUGCUGUACAAAUGUUAGUAUGCCAUUUGUUGAAUUUUGAUUACAACAAGGACAUUUCAGAGUGUCUUAAACAAGGUAUUUCGUGUUUGAAACAAAUCAAGGGAAAUAACUUCGUUUUAUGUCUACAAGCCAAUUUAGAAUUUUAUAUUUUUAUAAAUCAGUUGAGCGCUGUGAAUAAACAAACUCAAACAGAAAUGGAAAAUUCAAAAUUUGCGUUACACGCUCCGAAAGUAUCAGAAAUUGGUGAAAACGAAUCCCGUGAUGUAGUGCCAGCUUAUACAAUGAUAAAUAUUAAAGAAGACUCUAAACUUCUAUCGUACUUGCAGAAACCAUUGAAAAAAUGGAGCAAAUGUUUUCAGCAAAAUAUCGAGGAAAUCGCAUAUGGCUAUGAACCACUAAUGACUCUCAGGACAUUGAUAACAGCCGGUGAAUAUGCCCAUUUGCACCGGUACCAAGAUUGUGAAAUAAAUAUAUGGAAACUUGCCUAUGCAUUAGCUUCUGAAUUAAAAAAUAACUAUGCAAUUAUUUAUGUUAUUGGACGUAGUAUUUCUGUGAGACACAUUGAUUACGAAUGGAUUAAUACCGGGAAAAAACUUGCAAAUGAACUCGACGAUUCUCAGGAUAAAGAUAUAAUUUAUGCGAUUGCUAUUUUUUGGAUAAGUUUAUCAGAUUUUUAUUUUGAAUGUAACAUGUACAGCGAAGCCAGAGAAUUACUUAACAAAUCCAGGAAACUGCCAGGAAUUUCUUUCUUCAGCAACAUAGCUGUAUAUUUGUACAGUCUAGACAGAAUUUUGUACAAUUGUUAUUUAUAUGAGGAAAGCAUUAAGCAUGAAGAAUACACACGAUAUAUUAUUGAAACUUUAUAUACUAUGGUUAAUUUGAACGAGGAGCUUUCUACGAGAAAAUGGAAACCUCAAGAUAAAUAUUUGUUCGGCUUUGAUAUACUAUUGUCCGCAACUGUUAAUUUAUCACCACGAAUGAAUAGUUUGCUGUCGUUCCGGGAGAUUGGUGGACACUUGGUUCGACGAUUAAAAACAGCACAGACUUUAGGAGCAGUAGCUAGAGUUGCAGAGAUAUUAAAAGCAUUCUGCUACAUUGAUUUAUCACGUUCGCAAUUAAGCGAUUGCGAAGUUAAGCUUCAAGGAUUAGAACACAUAUUAAACAUUGAAACAUUUAAAGCAUCGAUGAACAGUAAUUCAGCUAAACUGUUAUCGGAAAAUGUUUUGUUAACACCGGUCCGUGUAGUAGAUCCUAUUAGAGACAUUCCUCAAAAUGAUGCUUCGCCAAUACUCAGGAACAAAGUAUUUGACUUACCUGAAUUUAUGCGUCAUAAAGAUUGUAAUUGUUACAUCUGUAAAAACGUGUCAUAUCAUUAUUUAGUAUUUUCAAGCACACACAUCAGAGCUCAAUUGUAUGCGUUACAAAGAAAUAUUACAGCAUCGUUGCAACACUUCCACGGUGCAUUUAAGAUAAAAGAGGAUUUAAUGAAGCUAGAAAAGCGAACAUCAAAAAAUCAAAAUCAGUACAUCCCCUGGCAGGAACGCUUUUACAGUGUGGAUUAUAUACUUUUGUUAAUUAAUUUUACUUAUUUCAUGAGAAGCUAUUCAAGCUCCAAGCAGGAAGAAAUAAUAAACGUUAUUUCAUUGGCGAUUCAAAUAUGCGAUAUGUACAAAUUGAAGGGACAUCCAAUUUAUAUGGCUGUUAAGGAAUUAAUGAUUGAUUAUCGUUUUCAACGGACGUUUGAUAAUUCAGCUUCUGCAACAUUUACAGUUCCUGAUCCGGCUGAUAUCGAUAUAAGUCCAUAUGUUAACGAGUCAAGAAAGGAAGCAAAUAUUUGCGUAACACCAGCUAACAAUAAUGUUCGAACGAAAAAGCCUAUUACUCUUCGACGUAAUCGAACUCCUCCACUUUUAAAGUUAACUAAAGUUAGCAUGAACUUCAGCGACGAUGAAGAUAGUGAUUCUUCAUCUCCACCAAGUAGACACAAGAGAACUAGGUCACAUAGUAAAUUAAUAGGAAGGAAAAUUUUAGAUGAAGAAUAUUUAGAAAAUUCUACUAAAACAAAAGAAUCACAGAGUAGCUUACUGUCGAAACGAAUUAAUGAUGUAAAAGAACACAACGUUAGUAAUAUUUCUAUGAAGGAUAUUGUUGAAAAAGUUACAUCAGUAGUACCAGAUGUUUCAGAGUAUUUAUAUAAAAUAGUGGACGAAAUGGACGAAUUCGCAACAGAUAAAAGUAUUCAAAAAUUAAUCGAUACUGUAGAAGAUCUUAAAAUUAAAACAGCUUCACAAAAAUAUACCAGAAAAACGCGACUUUCGAAGCAGUUAACUUCGAGCGACUGUAAUAAAAUUAUUCAAACAAUUGAACUAUUUAAAGACUUAACUAUUACUGAUAGAAAAGAUAAUGGAAAGGAUAUAACAGCAGAGAAUAACGAAUCCUCGUCGUGUAAAACCACAGAAGAAGGCAACACAAGUAAGUUAGAUCAAGAUAAUAGUUUGUUUCUUAAUCGAUCUGAUAAAAUAGAAAAUUUAAAAAAAAUACAAAGGAAUGAAAGUACCAAAUUAAGAGCUACAAGAAAUUUACUAAAAAGAGGUAAAUCAAAAUUAGAGGAAACGUGAAAAAUAGUCAUAUAACGUAGACACUGCCAAUAUUUUAUUGUGUAUGAACAACCACAAUUAAUUUAUAAUAAAAGUAUUAAAAUUUGCCGAAAGGAUGUUGUAAAAGCUCUAUAAAAAAGUAGUAUUCAAGAACGUUAGAAAAUCUUGAAUCCAGGUAAAUAAUUUAAUAAAACAUAAUUUCUCAAAUUUUAGAAAAUAUUUAUUAAAAUAUUUCACAUAUGUACACAUUUAGUAAAAAAUAGUAAGAUUUAAAGUCACUUAAUAUUACAAACGAAAAUUUAUAUUUUUAUUCUACCCAUUUUCU